UGAAAUAUUUCAUAUUUGUAUACAAAAUUACACAAAUUUUUUUGAUAAACCAAAUGUUUUUAAGUUUUACAGUAUAUAAAAAUUAAUUGAAAUUUAUUAAGUAAUUAAAAAAAAAAUUAAUUGAAAAGAAAAAAAAAAGGUAGCUUAUCCAAAUCAGAAGAAAAAAAAUUAAUUUGUUAAUGAGAACUAAUUUUAAUUAAAAAAAAAUAAAAACUAAUUUGUGUAAAGUAAAUGGAAUUAUAAAAAAAAAACUAUGUGGUAAAGAAUUUAUAAGAAAAAAGGAAUACAGAAAAAAAAAAAUUUACCUUAUUACAAACAUGACAUAAAAACGUGUUUAUAAAAAAAAUUUUUAUUACACCCAAAUCUUAAAUAAAUUUUUUUUUUUUUUUUAUUAAAAAAUUUAUAAAAAUUUUAUAUUUUUCAAUGAAUACAAUGAAUGAUAAAUAUUUGACAGCUAAAGUUGGAAAAACAUCUGAAAAAAUUGUUGAAAAUAUUCAUAUUGUUGCAAAUGAGCCAUCUAUGGCAUUUUAUCGUAUACAAGAACAUGUUAGAAAAGUUUUACCACCAAUAACAGAAAAAAGGACUGAAGUAUUAAGAUUACAAAAUGAUUUACGUGGAAAUUGUUUUGAUGUUGAAUAUGGUGUUAGUGCUGUAAAAAGUAUUGAAAAAGCAAAUAAAUCAUUUUCAAAAACUGAAGAAUUAUUAAAAACAGCAAUAUUUUUAAAACAACAAUUAAAAUACGAGGGUUCACGUCAAAAACCAAGAAAGAAAGUAUCACAUAAUUCUGUAUAUAAACGUUUUUCAGCUCAUAUUGCAUUAGAUUUACCAGAUUUAUCUGAUAUAUCUGGUGUUGUACGUGAAACUAGUAAUAAAGUUGAAAGCAUGACAAAAAAUAUAACAAAUCAAUCUGAAUUACAAAGAUCGCAUACAACAUUACAUUAAUUUGAAAAAAAUAAAAAAAAAUAAAAAAUAAAAAUAUGUAUAACUAAUAUAAAUUUUUACUAAUCAUAAAUUCCAUAUAUACUCUUACUAAUUCAUAUAUUAUGUAUUUGUAAAUUCUGCUCUUAUACUAAUGUACUUUAUUAAAUUUUUUGUUUUGGGUAAAACUUACAUAAUAUGUACUAAAAAUAAUUUGAAACUAAU